AUGGCGCCGCGCACGAUGGCAUCGACGGGCACGCUCACAUACCAGGACACGCUGGACUCUCAAUACCUUUCCAGCUCGAUCUCCAGCCUCUCACGCUCGCGCUCCACAAACUCCAUCAUCGUCCGCACGUACAAGCAAGCUACCCAGCUCUACCUCACCAAACGAUUCAGGGAAGCUCUUGAGGCUCUCGAGCCGAUUGUCAGCCCACAGCAGUCGCCUGGUGGUGCUGGUGCCAGUGCCAGUGCCAGUGGCCUUGGCGGUGCAGACGGCGAGAGCUCUGCUGCGCAAGCUGCGCCCGUCGCGCAGAGCCCCAAGGCUACCCGGACCAAAGUCUGGGUCUUCUAUAUCAGCUUGCUACAUGCCAUUGUCGACCUUGGUCCAGAAGAAGGAAAGAAUCAAUUCGGCUCGGCCAAAUGGCGGCAAUUGGCUGCCAAAGCAAGGGAGGGCUCGAUUUGGGACGAGAUUAUCCGACAUGGCUACGGCGGGAAUGAGGGAGAAGUCGACCCGGAUGUGGUCGUCAACCUGGCCACACUCCUACAUGGACAUAUGCAAGAUCAACACCUGAAUCAACAACGACUGGAGGCCUAUCUCUCGGCAUCGGCAGAUGCAGCGCAGCUCGCCUUGUUGAACGACGGCAUCGCAACGCCCAUGUCAAAUGGAACAUCAUCGCCGAAGGAACUAACUACGCGCUUGAAGAUACUUGAGCUCUAUACCCUACAUGUGCUCCCCUCCAAUAAUGAGUGGGACUACGCGCAGCAAUUUAUCGAGAUGAAUGAUAUGCUUGACGAGGAACGGAGGGAAGCCUUCCUGCAGGCUUUGGCACAGCUCAAAGAGGAGAAGGAUGGGACGGCGCAACGAGAGCGUGAGCUUGAAGAGCUGCGGGAACGCGAGUUGGAGGAACAGAGAGCUGCAGAAGAAACGAAACGAAGGGAGGAGGAGCGCAAGGAGGAGGAGCGAAGAAAAGCUGCUGAGCUUGAGCGGCCGCGUACCAGCACUUCCGCUUCCUCUUCAACCUCACGACCGGCCGACGGACAUGCUCGUAACAUCAGCGCUACUUCGAAUGGCCAAAAGCCAACACCCAAAUCGAAAGCACAAAAGAAAUCUCGACCUCCGCAGUCCACCAAUCUGUACGCACGCGCGUCCUCUGUUCUCAACAACCUCCAGCAAAUGAUUAUGCAAGCAAGUCGCAAUAUGUCAAUGAACAGCAUGGCCAUGUUUCAGCUCUUGAUGUUCGUGUUUGCGUUUUUGUUGCUCAUAGCACGUCGAGAUUUGCGGCUGAGGCUGAAACGACUGCUCGAGGAUGGAUGGAUGAAGGUCAAACAGACCGUCGGUAUGGGUGUCAAGGUCUCGUAUAUCUGAACAUUGCCGCGUUGCUGGCGAGUUGCCGCCGACUAGUAUUCGAAUCGACGCAAUCAAUGCCAUGUCAGCACUAUGCAGCAAUCAAUCGAGGCACCCGCCGCCGUCGCGUGCAGAGCGAUUCUGGGUCCAAAACUGCUUCGAAAAUGAUCCCCUUGGCGGGAAAUCAUUGUUUUGAGCGAUCAAUUCGACCUUGAUCUAUUUCCCGGAUGUAAAUUGGGCGCGAAGGAUUCGAGAUCUCUGCCCGAGCAGACUGCUUUCUCGCGUGGUGCGGCCCGAGGUGUUUGAGGUCGUCCCGUGGUCCUAAAGGUUUUGCGCUUAGCCGCAUUGACCAGAGCGAAGCUACGGAUAUUCUGCAAGCAGUAAUGGAGAGGCAUCAAGCGCAGGUUGACCUCCUCGCGGCUUUGCUGCGAAGCUCAAUGCGCAAUGGCUGAAGUCCGCAUUCUCCGCGAGGAGAGCUGUGGAAGGCAAUGGGUGCAGUUGAAUCAAGCGCAAGGCGAGCGCAUGGCAUCGCCGCUGGUG